GCCCAGGUUCUGUAGUUUCAAAGAAUCGCCCCGACACUUAACUCCUCUGUGCAUCUUUCCUUGACCUCAAACGAAGCCCUUCUUCCUUCCUUACUCCGCAGUCAUCGCCGUCGUCUCUAGGGGGAUUUUUCUACUCCGUUGCGCAAUCAACCGGCUGCUGCUUCGCCGUCGUCUAUUCGUUCCGCCGGCAGACUUCCCUUUGCCGAUAAAAGACCUCUCCCUAAAACCCUCCAAAAACCCCCACCAUGCCCAUUUCAUCUUCCGCGCAAUGAAGCGAUUCUUCAAAAUCUCGGAAUCCGAGCAGCUGCUCUCGCUCCACCACAAAUCCCUUGCCCAACCAACAUCAGCGCUAACUCCUUACUCCCUCGCCUUCACCAAAUCCCCCGCUUACCCCUCUGGCCGGAACACCGACGGCCCUUCCGCCGGGACAUCUCGCAGCGUUUAUGAGCUUUUCAUCGACAAAUUCUCUCUCGCGGUUGACAACAGAGGCAGGCAGAUCCUCGAGGAGAAAGUAUCCCGCUUGGCCGACACAUUGGUUCAGCAUGCCGACGACUUCGAUAAAGUCGUCGGGGUUUUGGAGGAGUCCGGCCGCUCCUUGCUCCGGAGGUAUAACGAUGGAUCCGCUUUCCUUGAGUUGUUGAAGAUUUUGGGUCGUUCCUCGCCACAAUUCGCUCUUGAGGUUUUCAACUGGAGAAGAGAAAAUGCGGACUGGGGCAUUCCCUUGACUUCUGAGGAGUAUGCCAGGGCUAUUGCACUUGCCGGUAGGGUAAAGGAUGUAUUGUUGGCAGCUGAGCUUUUCUACGAGGCUAGUAAUAGUCGCAUCAGGACAACUGCAAUAUAUAAUGCGCUGAUGAGUGUUUAUAUGAUCAAUGGUCUUGCUGAUAAGUGUCAAUUAUUGUUCGGGGAGUUGAAAAGGGAACCAAAUUGUGCGCCUUCAGUUGUAACAUAUAAUAUAUUAAUAUCGGUUUAUGGUCGAUUGUUACUGGUCGAUAAGAUGGAGGCUGCACUCCAGGAGGCAAAGGAUUUGAAUUUAGCUCCUAAUGUGAGCACUUACAACAAUCUAAUUGCUGGUUAUUUGACUGCUUGGAGGUGGGAUAGCAUGGAGAAAAUUUACCAAAGGAUGAAGUCGGAUUCCAUCCAGCCUGAUGUUCAGACCUGGUUACUAAUGCUUCGAGGCUAUGCACAUUCUGGGAAGUUGGAGCUAAUGGAGAGAACAUAUGAGUUGGUGAGAGAUCAUGUUGAUUUCAAGGAACGUCCUUUGAUCAGUGCUAUGAUAUGUGCUUAUUGCAAGAGUUCUGUUCCGGAUAAGCUGAGUAGAAUUGAGGCACUGGUUAGCCUUAUUCCGAAGGAGGAGUACAGGCCUUGGUUGAAUGUGUUGCUGAUUAAGGUCUAUGCACGAGAAGGUUGCUUGGAGAGGAUGGAAAAGUCUAUUAAUGAGGCGUUUGAACGCCAGACCAUUGUAACAGCUACUGGUGUGAUGCGGGCAAUAACUGGGGGUUAUUUCAAAUAUGAUGCUGUUGAUAGACUUGCUAACUUCAUCAAACGUGCAGAAACAGCUGGGUGGAGAAUGUGUCGGACUUUGUUUCAUGGCAAAAUGGUCCUGUAUGGAUCAGAGAAUCGAUUGAAGGAGAUGGAGAAUGUGCUUUCUGAGAUGGAUAAUGUCAACUUGGACUGCACGAAGAAAACAUUUUACAUAUUGUACCGCUCCUAUUCAUUGUGGGAUCAAAGGGAUCUUGCCAAAAAGAUCAUAGGAUUGCUUUACAAGCGUGGACACGGGAUUCCUGCUGACGCUUCUUUGUCAUAGACUUGAACACAUCAAUGGAUUUCCUUCUGGGUUAUGUGCAUCUCGAUUUGUGGAGGGGACUUUCCAACUGAUUCUCCCCAUACACAGUGUGAUGGGAUCAACGAUCUGAGUUGAAGGUACAUUUCACUUGCUUCUUGAGGAGUUAUAGUCACUGUCUUGUAUGCUUGGCAGUUGGGAUGCUAAUUGACUAUGUAUCUGAUUUUUUCCACCGCUAUACCACUCGUGUCUAAAGUCAACAUUUCCAGGGGUGUCAGGGAGUCCUUUCUUCGAUUAAUGAGCAGUUUUGCCAGGAUCUUGACAUUAUUAGUUUCCUUUUUCUUCCUUUUGUCCGUAAAUUUCUUCUAUGAGGAAGUAUGUUUCUUUGUGAAUAGUUUUAACUCCUAUCAAGGAGUUCCGCUGUGACAUAUAGAAUACACGAUUUAUUGCCUC